GGUUUCAAAAAUGCUCUCCCCUUCCUUGUCCUCCGGCCAGGGCUCGGUCAUCAGUCAGUCAUCGGCCUCCGCAUCGACCGCCGAUCCGGCUCCGGCACCGCCGUCUGCGGUGGCCGAAAAAGGGGAAAUCCCUUAUUUGACUCCUCGAAGCCCCCUAAACCCAAAUCUGGGCUUGGAUUUUUCAGAAUAUCGGCGAAAACCUCAAAAACGCCGAGGAAACCCUUCGGUUUUCGACCACCGAUCCUCCGCGUGGCUCUCUCAAACGCUUCAACGCUGCAUCGGAGUUGAAAGACAGGUACGAUCGGGGAUGUGGCUCGUGGGGGGACUUCGGCUGCGGCGCGAAUGUGGAAAACUGCAUAGGGUUUCCCUUGUGCUGGAAACGCUGGGCCUCUAUCUUUUUUGUUUUGAUUUGGGCCCUUGUAGGCCUGUUUGUAAUUUGGGCCCUUUUACCCAGGCCAAAAUCGGAUAUUACACCUAAGAUAAAACUGAAGAAGUGGAUGUUAUAGAAAGAAUAUAGUGAGAAACACACUCAUGAAAAGACUCUUUAAAAGGACGAGUAGAAUGAAGAUCAAAAUUUGUAUA